GCUCUAAUGUGCGCUGGGUGCGCGUUCUACCGGAAAUACUGUUGUUGUGCCUGUGGAUUUGAUUUGUACAGGGCUGCCGUUUUACUGGCCUUACGCUGCAGAAACCAGAGAAAAUGAGCAAUGGAUUGGUUCAACUGCAAUCCAGCUCUCACCAUAAAAAUCUGCUCAAUGCCAUGUGGAAGCUGAGGACCAUGGGAAACCUGUGUGACAUCACGGUGCAGGUGGAUUUUCAAGGAGAGCUGGAGGAGUUUGAAGCCCAUCAGGUGGUCCUCGCCGCAUCCAGCGGUUACUUCGAAUCCCAUCUGUUAGCUAAUGACCAAGUGAAAAAGAUAUUCUUGUGUGACAUCUUACCACAUGCAUUCGAGAAAUUCUUAGAGUAUGCGUAUUUUGGAAAAAUCAAGGUGGAGAAAAGUUACAUCAGCACAGUACUGCAAAUGGCUAAACUCCUGAAGUGCCAGGACUUAGUGGAUGCUUGCGAGGCAGAAAUUCCCAGCAGCGUUUCAGAUGAAUCUCUGCAGAAAGAUGGAGUGGAUUCAACUGCUCCAAAUACUGAAGUCAAGACAAAACAAGAAUCUGUGAAAAGAGCGAUGAAGAGGAAAAAGUCUUUAAAAGUGCCUGAAAUUGUGAAGGAGACAGAACCAGACAGGAGAAGCAGCAGGUUAGCGGGUCGCAGAGUGUCUGUGGACUUUGAUCUGAAAAAGUCAAAGAUGCAAGCAGAAACCCUUGAUGAAUCCGACACAGGAGAAGAGGAGCAAACGCCACAAGAUCCUGAGGCAGAAUCAUCGCAGGACGCACUGGGUGAAAAAGACACUUGUGAUGACACUGGGUCCGAAUCAUCUCCUGAUGUGCCUGAGGAAGACCCUCAAGAAUCAGACUUCCAGCCUAAUGAGGAAAUGGACGAGGCCGAUGAAGCCGAGAAGGAAGUCAAGAGAGGAACCGCAAAGUACAGAUGUGAGAAAUGCAGCCGUUCCUUCUAUUAUGAGAAGAGCUACCUGAAGCACUUGAAGGUCAACCACGGGGUCCAGAUGGACACCACGUUUCGCUGUGACAUCUGCCAGCAGACGUUUGCCAACCGCUGCAACCUGAAAAUCCACCAGCGCCACGUGCACAACGACGAGAGGCUAUUUCCCUGCGAGAUCUGCAACAAAACCUUCAAGCGCAAGAAGGAUGUGACCCGGCACAGGCGGCAGGUGCACGAGGGCGGCACAGACAGACACUACUGCCACAUCUGCGGCAAAUCUCUCAGCUCCAAAACCGCCCUGACGCUGCAUGAGAGGACACACUCAGGGCACAAACCCUUUAAAUGUGAUGAGUGCGGAUCCAGAUUCUCCCAGAGUUCAGCGCUCAAGACACAUCAAAGGAUCCACACCGGAGAGAAACCUUUCGCUUGUGACCUCUGUGAUGCCAGAUUUACCCAGAACCACAUGCUGUCUUAUCACAAGAGAUGCCACACAGGCGAAAAGCCGUUCAUGUGUGAGAACUGUGGGAAGAGCUUUGCAUCCAAAGAAUACCUGAAACAUCACAACAGAAUCCAUUCAGGAUUCAGACCCUACAAAUGUGAAACCUGCGGAAGAGCGUUUGCUCAGAGGAACUCCCUCCACCAGCAUAUGAAAAUACACACAGGUGAAAGGCCGUAUCAUUGUAAGGACUGUGAUAAGCAGUUCACUCAACUCAACGCCCUGCAGAGACAUCAGAGAAUCCACACGGGAGAGAAGCCGUACAUGUGCAGCAUGUGUGGAAGAACGUUCACUGACAAAUCCACCGUACGCCGACACACCCUGACCCAUGACAAACAAACUCCAUGGAAGAACUACCUGGUUGUUCUGGAGGGAAACGUUGAAGACAGAGCCAAGAAACCGAAAGGCUCUUCUCAGAAGAAGGACAAGGCGUCCGCUGCUGUUUCCGAAGCGCAGGCUCCUGAGAGCAACACACAGAAGACACAAGAAGUCUUGGCUGUGUCCGGAGAGCCCGUGACCAUUUCCGGAGACUGGGCCGGACCUGGAACCAUCGCUCUGGUCAGCCACACGGCCCUGGGCGGCCUCACGGUCAUCCAGACCGAAGUUCCCGCAGGCACGCAACUGCAGCCCUUAGUCACCACGGACGGCACCAGUGUGAUCUCUCUGGAUGCUUCUGCGGUCGGGAUGCCUGUGACCGUUCCCUUUUCCAUCCCCAUAACGGUCGCGCAUUCCAUCGGAGUUUCUUCAUCGAUAUCCGGUUCCGUGCCCAUCACCGUGGCCGGUCACGUUUCAGACGCAAUACUUGCUCCGGUAACGACUGUGACGACAUCAGAAGCCGAAGCAACAGAGAAUGGUCUGGCUGAGUGUAUGUCAGUCCAGGCUGUUACGGUGGGAGAGACGGACUGUGCAGACACCCAACAGGAAGUCAGCGAAAGCAUUCAGACUGCAGAGGCUUCAAACAACAUGGAAAUCUCAGUAGGAGAGUAGAUUCUACCUGCUUUAGUUGCAAAUACUUGUUAAUCAUGUCACAGUCAAGCUUUGUUUUAAAUUAUCAGCUGUAAAUACACUUUUACUUUAUAAAACGUGUAACGAGUACAAUUCUUCAAUCACAAUGUUCAAUUCUGCUCAGGUUUGUUUUUGACAACAUAUACGAUUUCCCCUUCCAUUUCUAGGGAACAUCUUGUCAUUAAAUGAUUUUUUUAGUGAUUCUUGUAAAAACAAAAAUUAGCUUUUUGUCAGUAAUGCUUUUUGCUGCUAUUUAUUAUGCUCAACACUACAUCAAUGUGAACUGCAUAUUAUUAACAUAAUACUCCAUUUUUAGUACCCUAUUACGUGUAUAAUGAUUUGCAGUCAUGACAGCGCUCCUUAAAACCACUCAAUAAAGUGUCAAUUGAA